AUGGAGGAGUUGGUGGAGGAUGACAUCUGUAUUUUGAACCAUGAAAAAGCAGACCAUGCUCAUAAGAGAGAUGGGGAGGUUCCUGUUUCAUCUUACAGCGGAGAUGAGUCUGUUGCCUCGCAUUUUGCACUUGUCACUGCUUAUGAAGAUAUCAAGAAACGGCUGAAGGAGACAGAGAAGGAGAACUCCUUCUUAAAGAAAAGAGUGAGGCUUCUAGAAGAGAAGCUGCUUGGCUCCCGACUGGAAGAGGAAUGUGGUUCAGUUGGACGGGAACAAGUAAAUAAGGCAUACCAAGCCUAUCGAGAGGCCUGCAUCGACCGAGAUAAUCUGAAAAGCAAACUGGAUAAAAUGAUGAAAGAAAAUGCAGAAUCCUUGAAAACCUUGAAUGAACAGCUGCAGUCUAAAGAAGUAGAGCUGUUACAGCUGAGAACUGAAGUGGAAACUCAACAAGUGAUGAAAAACCUGAACUGUACUCAGUCCAGCUGGGAAAUAGAGAAGCUGAGCAGUGACCUGAAAGUGCGUAGUCUGGAACAGGAUCUGGAAGAGCUCAGGCAAGAGUGCAACAGUCUCAGAAAUGAAUUGCAAAAAUCCAAGCAGAAGGACCAGACUCAAGACAAAAAUCCGUUAAAUGGAGACCUUCUGGGCCAUGACAUCCAGAGCGUGCAACAAGCGUACUGGGAGCUGAGGAGAGAGACGUCUCAUCUGCGCCUAGUGACUGACAUGCAGGCCGAGGUUCUGCGGACACUGAAAACAACCCCAGCAGCCACCAAGAAAGCUGGCUCUGUGGCACCAGCACCGUGUGGUUACCGGAACGUUUCAAAGCAGAGUUUGACGCCUGGGGUGGUCUACAAAAAACCUCCCCCAGACGACCGAGUUCUCAGCAGUGCCGUGUCUCCCCCUCUGCUGAGAGGUGCGAAACCCCCACCUGAAAGGGGGACUUUGGAAGCAUGGACAGAUGAGAGACUCGUUCUGGCUGAUGGCAAGGUGUUUCAGGAUCACCACUCUUACGGAAAGAGCUCUCUGGAAGACAAUUCCUGGGUAUUCCCAAGUCCUCCAAAGCCUAACGAGAAUGUCUUUUGGGAAAUGAGAAAUAAGACAGCUUUGUUAAACUCUCCAGCAGAUUACCUGGAUCAGUGUAACCAAAACUGUCUGCCCAAGAGUUAA